AUGAGGAAUUGCUCCUCGGGUCUGGUGUCCAAAGAGUGCUGCCUACGUAGUCGCCCACGGCCCCCAGAGCCCGCUGCACAAUAUAGGCCAGCUCGCCUGCCUGACCUAAUCGUAGCGACCAUUCAACAACCGUGCAAGAAACUGACCGCACAUACAGAAUAUGAAAUGUUCGCUGUUAAUGUGUCACUUUUGUCAGAAUACGAGGAGCAGGCAGCAGCGCCGAGCGGCACUAAUGAAGCUAACACGCUGGAGGGUGCAGAGGAACAAUGCAGUGAGUCGGUCAAGAGGUCCUUCACACCAAGCUGUAGCUACGACAGAUGGGGGCAAAUUUGGGGUUCCAAGCGUUAUAAUGUACCGUCAUGGAACCAGGAGAUGGAACGCACCAAAAAGGGCAUGCAAGUCAUUUGA